CAUCAGUACAAAUCCUUCAACAGAACCUUUCACACAUUCAUGACGCGAGUCAAAAGCGUCAUUAAACGUCAUCGUUCUACGGAAGCCGAGCUGCCCACGCACACCUACGCGUUUUCGAAAUAACGUUACUUUUCAUUCCUCUUUAAGCUAGCGUUGUUGAGGACGGGUGUGCAGACAUUAUGAUAAAAACUUUCUUAAUUGUGUGACUUUCUUAAUCCCCCUAAGUGUAUUUAUUAUGUAGAUAGUUCAGUAGCAUUGGAGGUGACGAAAUUAUGGUCAUCGGAUUUAGAAAAUAUGUUUAUAAGUCAGCGAGCUAGCACUGGACAGUUAGCUGAUAAAGGAUAAAAGGAGGGAGGAGAAAACAUAAACAUGUAUCAGAGCUGCAUCUGCGUGCUGUAGCUGGAGCCGGAGCCGGAACUGGAGUCAAGUGACGUUCAUCGAUAUACGUUUUAUGGUCAUUUGAGCUAGUUAGAUAAAUAGUUUGGUAUCGAAUCUUAUUUGUAUUCUUGUCAUACACUGGUGAAGAACAUGGAGAUGGAGCAGACUGGCUUGCGAGAGAGUCCUCCCGGUUCUGUGGCUGUGCACAAAACUGAAAAUUGUGAAAAAAGGUUUGGAGAAAGAAUAGAAGAUUGUGCUUUGCAGGGUAAAGACAGAGACGUUGAUGGCGAGUCUGAGAAAAGGGAAGAGUGUGAACGUGAAACGUGUGAAGUGCUAGAACAACAACAACAACAAGAGGAGACAGAUGUGCAUAAGAAACAGCCUGAUGAGGAGCUGGACCCCAGGAUACAGGAGGAGCUGGAGCAUCUGAAUGAAGCUAGUGAGGAGAUCAACCAGCUGGAGCUGCAACUAGAGGAAGAGAGGUCAAGUUACAGGAAAAUAUUUACUGAUUCAGCCAGGAAGCUCAAUGCACUAAGCUCUCAACUGGGCUCUUGCAUUGAGAAAGCCAGACCUUACUACGAGGCACGGAGAUUAGCUAAAGAGGCCCAGCAGGAGACCCAGAAGGCUGCGCUUAGAUACGAGAGGGCCGUUUCCAUGCACACGGCUGCACGGGAGAUGGUGUACGUAGCUGAGCAGGGCCUCGGUGCAGAUAAGACUCUGGAUCAAACCUGGCAAGAGAUGCUCAAUCAUGCCACUUCCAAGGUGAACGAGGCUGAGGACGAGCGACUGCGGAGUGAACGAGAGCACAUGCGUGUUACCCAGCUGUGUCAGGCAGCUGAGGCUCAUGUACAGACCCUGCAGAAAUCCCUCAAGAGGACCAUAGUCAAGUCAAAACCUUACUUUGAACUCAAGGUCCAGUUUAACUCCAUAUUGGAGGAGCACAAAUUGAAGGUAACUCAGUUAGAAGAGCGUGUGAGUGAAGUGAAGAAGCAUUACUCCUACACUCUGCAGCGCUUGGAGAAAAUCAGCGAGGAGAUCCAUGCCCAGAGAGGACCAGACCGUUCUGAGAAUGGAUCUACAAAGUCCUUCAAAACACGCAGUCCUCCUGUAGGAGCCGAGGCGGUAAUUACUACUGAAGGUGGAAACUGCGGAGGCCGCAAUAAGUCAAAUGAACGGGUGGACGGCCAAGAGGCUAAGACCCAAGAGUGGGUGGAGAGACAUAGGGAGUCUGGCUGGUGGGAGAGAGAAAAACAGAGGCCGACAUCUGUAGUGGGUUCGGACUCCACCUCUGUUUUUAGCUUUAGAACCAUUGCUUCUGAUUUGGAGAAGUGCGACUCUGUCGAGCAUCUCGGCCAGCUGAGUGACACUGUUAGUCUUUCUGGAGAAGAGGAGGAGAGGGGGAAAGAAGGGGAUGAAGAGAUUGGACGAGUGGAAAAAGGAAAGGACAAAAAGGUGGCUUUUACAGAGAUUGAGAAACAAGAGCAGCUAAUCAAGCAGCAUCACAGGAGUGUGAGUUUGUGAGUAAGGCUCACCUCGGGCUCACAUGAAGGCGAACGUUUGAGUAGGAAUGAGCGAUUUGGUGAUACUUGAAGACGUUUCCACCGUACAUAAUAUGUAUCAGGAUAUUUAGCAAUGAUAACAGAGUCAACAUUCUAACAGUAGUCAUGUUUGGGGGGGGGGGGGAACCAAUGCAAACGAUACAAUAGUUUUAAUGUUAUUUUUAAUUGCACAGAAUGAUUUAACAUUGGAAAGAAGGAAAAAUGGAGCAGACGUUCAUCUUUAGUGGUUGCGGGAGGAUCCGGAGAGCACUGGGUUUAAAAACGGGAAUACACUCUGGAUGGAGCGCCAGUUCAUGCGCACACAUGUUCACACACUCUUCACACCUAGGAGCAAUUUAUCAUAGGAGAUACAUUUUUUUUUCCGGGGAGGUGGACCAGAGAACUCAGAGAAAACCUACACAAACACAGGGAGAACAUUAAA